AUGCUUCCCCGCCUCUCCAAGCUCCCCCGCCCCGCGCUGGCGCGCGCCGCCGCCCGCCGCGCAUACGUUGCACCGGCGUCCAAGCCCGUCCUCGAGCUUGACGUCAAGAAGGUCGGCUCCGAGAUCCGCAAGCGCGGCCUGACCAACGCCAUUGCCAACACACGCGACGGCGGUAUGGACCGUGACACGAUCAUCCGCCUCCUCUACUCGCUCGGCUCGCGCCACGAGGUUGAGCGCUACCUCCGCAUCUUUACCCAGAGCUCCAAGGCCGGUGCUGGUGGCGUUCUUCCCGAGGCCAAGUUUGCCGUACUCAAGGUUGGUGGCGCUAUCCUGACCAACGAGCUCGAGGACCUUGCUCUCUCGCUUUCGUUCCUCAACCGUCUUGGGCUGUACCCCGUCGUCCUCCACGGCGCUGGACCCCAGCUCAACGAGAUCCUCGAGGCUGAGGGCGUCACGCCCGACUACGAGGACGGCAUCCGUAUCACGGACGCCAAGACGCUGCAGGUCGCCCGCCGCGUGUUCCUCCAGGAGAACCUCAAGCUCACCUCUGCCCUUGAGCGCCUCGGUACACGCGCGCGCCCGAUUCCCACGGGCGUCUUCUACGCCGACUACCUCGACAAGGACAAGUACAAGCUUGUGGGCAAGAUCAACAAGGUCGACAAGGCGCCCAUCGAGGCGGCUAUCCGUGCCGGCUGCCUGCCCAUCCUUACCUCGCUUGCCGAGACUGCCGAUGGCCAGAUGCUCAACGUCAACGCAGACGUUGCGGCCGGCGAGCUGGCCAAGGUCCUUGAGCCUAUGAAGAUUGUCUACCUCAACGAGAAGGGUGGUCUCUUCCACGGCGUCACCGGCAAGAAGAUCUCUGCCAUCAACCUCGACGAGGAGUACGACGGCCUCAUGAAGGAGUCUUGGGUCAAGUUUGGUACCAAGCUCAAGAUCCGUGAGAUCAAGGAGCUCCUCGACACGCUUCCGCGCACCUCAUCGGUCGCCAUCAUCUCGACCGACAUGCUCCAGAAGGAGCUCUUCACCGACGCCGGUGCUGGUACCCUCAUCCGCCGCGGCUACAAGCUGUACAAGCAGCCCGCUGCCGAUGCCAUUGCGUCGACCAAGCUCCGCGAGAUCUUCACCGAGCGCGACCCCGAGGUUGCUUCGGGUAGAAAGUCGGUGGCCGAGAUCUUCGGUGAGAUGAAGGUGACCCCGCACACGGUGUACGGUGACGAGCCGUUUGACGUCGUUGCUGUCGUCUCGCACCCCGAGGGCCAGACUCCCGUCAUGACCAAGUUCCUCCCGUCGCGCAACGGCGUGCUGAACAAGACUGUUGACAACGUCUUUGACUCGAUCAAGAAGGACCACAAGCGCCUCUUCUGGACUGCCCAGGCCGACGACGAGAACCGUGCCUGGCACUUUGAGCGUGCCGACGGCUCGUUCACCCGUGCCGGCCGCUCGCUCUUCUGGUACGGUGUCCCGGACGUCAAGCAGGUCGAGAAGAUCAUCGAGGGGUUUGAGAGCUCGGGUCGCAUCGACCGCGUCUUCCUCCCCGUCGGUCCCAGCACGCCGCCCCACCGCCUCGCCGGUGCGGCUCCCGGCAACGCCCGUGCGUUCUCGACCAGUGCCCGCCCGUCGCUCUCUGCGGCGGGCAACUAUUCAUUUCGCCGCGGUUACGCCACCGAGGUCCCCCGCAAGCGCGUCGCCCUGAUUGGCGCGCGCGGCUACACUGGCCAGAACCUGGUGUCGCUGAUUGACAGCCACCCGGGUCUCGAGCUCACACACGUCUCGUCGCGUGAGCUCGCCGGCCUCCCGCUCCAGGGUUACACCAAGGGCAACGUGACGUACUCGAACCUCUCGGCCGAGGACGUCAAGAAGAUGGAGGAGAAUGGCGAGGUCGACGCAUGGGUCAUGGCGCUUCCCAACGGCGUGUGCAAGCCGUUUGUCGACGCGAUCGAAGCCGCCCACGCCAAGGGCUCGCAGGGUGUCAUUGUCGACCUCUCGGCCGACUACCGUUUCGAGAACAACUGGACUUACGGCCUUCCUGAGCUCUACGGCCGCGAGGAGAUCAAGCAGUCGAAGCGCAUCUCAAACCCGGGCUGCUACGCGACCAACUCGCAGCUCCUGAUUGCGCCUCUUCUGCCGUUCCUCGACCCCGCUCAGUCGCCGACCAUUUUCGGCGUCUCGGGCUACUCGGGAGCCGGCACCAAGUCGGGCCAGAAGGACGCUGACGGCCGUCCCAUGACUGUACCCAAGAUUUCCGAGGCCGACCUAACCGGCAGUGUCCGGCCCUACGCUCUGACCGACCACAUCCACGAGCGCGAAGCCGGCAUUCACCUCUCGACUCUGGGCAACCCCAUGAGCGUCCACUUCAUCCCGACCGUGGCCCCGUGGUACAGCGGCAUCGUAUCGGUCCUCAACGCUCCUCUGAAGCAGGACAUGCGUGCGUCCGACGUCACGGCCCUCUACGAGGCCAAGUACGCUGCUGAGCCGCUGGUCCACGUCCAGAAGGAUGCGCCUGAUGUCCGCCAAGUUGCCGGCAAGCACGGCUGGCGCGUCGGCGGCGUUCAGGUCCACUCGUCGGGCAAGCGCGUGGUCGUCGUUGGCGCCCUUGACAACCUGCUCAAGGGGGCUGCGACGCAGUGCAUGCAGAACCUCAACCUCGCGUUGGGGUACGAUGAGCUGGCCGGCGUGCCCAAGGACGCGUACUAG